CACGAAUAUAGGGGCUAGAAAGCGAAAGCUUUUCGUUAUCUAAAAAUUUUCGAGUGGACGUGUUUUUUUUUUUGUCAAAAAAUUCGUAACCUUUGGCGUGUUGUUCUGUGCGCAUAUCGGUUAGACAUCAUUGGUACGUUUCUAUGCCCAUCUUUCGCGGCCGCGGUUUUCGGAUAUUUGGUUCCUUCCUAGCUCAAAAUGCAAAACGUAGAAGUCAUCGUGGCGUUUGGAAAGCUUCCUCUGCCUUUUCUGACGUGGCCCCGAUGCGUGUGGACAGCGAGAGUGCCAUUCGUCAAUGCCUCCCGAUUAUGGAAAGAAGUUUCCGCGUGAUUUACGAGGAUGCAUCGAUUAUUGUCGCUUACAAGCCACCGGGCGUUCACACUGUUCCUAUGGCGAAGCGCCAAGGCUCGGAGACAACUUUGUUUUCGUGGCUUUGUACCCGAUAUCCAGAAAUUUCCGGGGUGAGGACGAGAAAGUCCUUCGAGGGAGGAGGGGUUCUUCACCGCCUCGACAAGAGGACGUGCGGUCUGGUAUUGGUGGCGAGGAACCAACGCAGCUACGAGAACCUGUGGAACCAACAACACCGACAUCUGGGCCGGCAUCUGAUAAGUCAAGGAGACUCUCGGAACAGAUCAUCGGUAGAGGCCGACAAGCCGGGCGGAAUCGUUAAGACAUACGUUGUUUUUUCUCGCUUCGAGCAGUCCGCGGGUCAUCUGUCUUACCUCUCCGACAAAUGGGACGAAAGAAUCAGUCCUACGAGAGAGCACUGGCACAGAAUUCUGCAAAAACUAAAAAAAAGUGAUCGCCCUGAAAAGUGUCAACACCGAAUCGAGAUUUGUUCCAAGUUUCGUCCCUACGGGCCCAAGCAGAAAAUAGUCAAGAUACUAUUCGGAAGUCCCUCUGGGGAAGAGGGUCCGGUGUACAUGAGUAAAAUUGAAAUUUUAGAUAAAUUAGAAAGUCGCGUUAUCGUAUGUCGAGUAACUAUAAACCGUGGAUUCCGGCAUCAGAUCAGAUCACACAUGGCGUAUCUCGAUUGUCCGGUCAUUGGUGAAGACCUGUACACCGACGCUGGUAAGGCGAUGGACAGAAGAGACGAAGCAGAGAGCUUGCAAUUCGGACUAUACGCUAUGAAGGUGCAGUUUCGUCAUCCGGUGCACGGCGAAUACAUGAGCUUCACACUACCCGAGCCUGGACUUGAAAAAUACGUUUGAUUGAAUUGGGACAACGCGCCGAGGCUGCGACCGUGCGCGUUCGAGAACCGAGUUCGAAGCGCUUGCAGGUUUUGCCCGGCCGUACACACAGGUGACGAAGCAUCUCGCAUACAAGCAGUUGGUCGUGUGUUGUUUUCUCUGGCCGCGGCAAAUUGUUUUUUAAAAAAAAAAUUUAUGCGGUUUGCUUGGUUUAUAACUACCUGAUUUAUUAGACGCGCGCAUUUUGAACUGUCCCUGUUCAAGGCUACAGGAGACUUUACUCUGCGUUCUAUAUAUAUAUAUAUGCGUGCGCACGCGCACUUCGUGUAUCAAAGGUCUAGGUGUAUUUGGUUGUCUGGGGCUCUCGACAGGAAGAAUAACACAAGUCGGUUUGGGGCUUGUGGCGGCACACGCUUAGAAUUUUAGAGUUUGCUGCUUGGCUCGAGUUCGCGAUUACACCUGUUAUGGUAGGUUCAUUGAAUAGUCGGACUCUAGGCAAAUGAGCCACGAACACUUCAAUUCAAAGAAGUUUGUAGAAAAUGCGCUUGAAAUGUUUGAUUCAUAUGGGUGGGCACUCGACAAUUGCAAAAUGUAUGAGAAGUAUUUUUAUUUAUCCGACAAGUCUAGAAAGGCGAAGGGACAUAGGCGCUGGGAUGAACAGAGAUACAAGCGCUCGGGAGGAUUAGCCGUUUUCGACAGUUUUAAUUCAAGUACCGCGAAAAGUCAUUGCAUGAACGACGCAGAUAGCGAAAAGGAUGAGCAUGAGGGCGCGUCGGGUCACCGACCGUCGAUUGACUAUGAUACGAGUAUCAAAGAGGACUUUGUAAAUUUUAUGGAGAUGAGGACCGAAAAAUUGAAUAAGAAGAAGCUGGGCGCGAAUAGGCCGAGCGGUCGAAUGACGGCGGCUCGCAAGGACUCGACGCGCUCGUUGUCCACAAUGUCUUUGGAAGAUUUAGGGGAAGAAAAACGCUAUAACUUUAGGGUAAGCAUCAAAAAAAAGAGGGAUGCGAACCGAAGAAGGUCGAGCAGGACUCAUAAAAGCAAGCCCGAGCAGUAUUGUACGCGCGAUGCAAUCGCAAGGCCCAUGAAAAAGUUCGAGUUGACUCCUAUGACGUUCGUUCGGGCCAAGGACAAGGCUUCGCUUCCGCAUCAAGACUGCGUUUUGAUUGAAGAGGAGGAGCGAAUAGAAAUGGAGUCGGCCAAAUUUGAGCAGCAGAAAAUAGAAGGGGUGGAAGGGAAUUUCCCGAUUGGUCAGGUGGAAAGCCAGAUUCAACUUGAAUCCGAAAACGAGUAUAUUAAAUAUGAACUGCCUGAAUACGACCUAGAUCAAGUAAUCAAAUCAAGGUCGAAGUUCAAGUUCAAAGUCAAACACAAAGACAGUUUCUCCUCGACCAGAGAAACAACUAGAGGGCUGGCCACGGGUGCCAGAGGGUCCAAUAACGUCUUUACGUAUGUUCAUACAUUGAAGAAAAAGGGUGGAUUUACUGUCGACGAUGAGUAUCUAUUGUCAUCAACACAUGCUUCUGGUGUCGAUAGCAACCAGGGUAAAAUUCAGGACGUGCCGGGUAUCCUAGACAAUACACCUAUUGAAUGGGCCGCGUCGGACAGUAACAGGCGUUCAGUAGGUCGUUGUACGCGUGCUAAGACAAAUGACUUCUCGGGCCGGAUCUCUUUAACUUCUGCCGGAGGUUCAGAAAAUCCCGUCGACUCGCUUGGUUCCGCACUUUCCUCUAUGAGUCUCGAUAGAGACGGCGUCCCAUCUCCGAAUUCGUACGCGCGUAAUAAGUAUUGCGACUCAAGAGCGGGUCGCAAUAGACCCAAGCAAGGCACACCUCCUGAAGAAUCUCCGUUUCUCGAUGUCGGCAUUUUGAGAAAGAAGUCCGACAACGCCUAUAGCCUUUGGAUCGCGACUCUGCCUAAGUCCGAUCAAACGAGUGAUCCUAUACCAGACCAAAGCCUUGGGCUUGGCUCUGCGCUUGAGUCGGUAUCUACCGCCUUGUUUAUGGCUGAACCGACGCCUGAGUCAGCGACGGUCGAACCGACGCCUCGACCGGUAGCGGCCGAAGCGAUGUCUAGACCGGUGGUGGCCGAGCCGACAUCUCGACCGGUAAUGGCUGAAUCCACGUCUAGAUCAGUAGUGGCCGAACCGACACCUCGGCCGGCAAUGGUCGAACCGACGUCUGGACCAGUAGUGGCCGAACCGACGUCUAGACCGAUAAUAACCGAGCUGACGCCUCGACCGGCAGUGGCCAAGCCGACGUCUAGACCGGCGAUGGUCGAACCGACACCUCGAUCGGUAAUGGUCGAACCGACGUCUAGACCGGCGAUGGUCGAACCGACACCUCGAUCGGUAAUGGUCGAAACGACGUCUAGACCGGCGAUGGUCGAACCGACGUCUAGACCGGCGAUGGUCGAACCGACACCUCGAUCGGUAAUGGUCGAACCGACGUCUAGACCGGCGAUGGUCGAACCGACACCUCGAUCGGUAAUGGUCGAACCGACGUCUAGACCGGCGAUGGUCGAACCGACACCUCGAUCGGUAAUGGUUGAACCGACACCUCGAUCGGUAAUGGUUGAACCGACGUCUAGACCGGCGAUGGUCGAACCGACACCUCGAUCGGUAAUGGCCAAGCCGACGUCUAGACCGGCGAUGGUCGAACCGACACCUCGAUCGGUAAUGGUUGAACCGACACCUCGAUCGGUAGUGGCCAAGCCGACGUCUAGACCGGCGAUGGUCGAACCGACACCUCGAUCGGUAGCGGUUGAACCGACACGGCGGCCGGUGGUGACUGAGCUGAAGCCUCGACCGGUAGUGGGCGAAUCGACGUCCAAAUCGACUACGGGUGAGCCGAUGCCUCGGCCAGCAGUGGCUGAAUCGACGCUUGAACGAGCUAAGACUGAACCGACAUCUCGAACACCAGAGAGCGAAUUGAUACCCACGCUCGUGUACGAUUUGCCGUUGCCUACAUUUUCGGCGUCGAUGUCUUGCGGAUCGAUAGACAUCCUGGAGUCCGAGUCUGCGGUUGGUUACUGUCCGUUGUCUGAGGUGUUUAAGGCACCCGUCAUAGGCUGUGAUGAGCCUUUGGUGUCAGAGAAUGAUUUUGUCGAGAAUGAACUGGUUGGGAGCGGUGGUGACCAGCAGACCGAUGACGAGUCUGAAGGCGCCGACAAGUAUUUGAGCUACGAGGAGCUCAAGUACUUGAAUGAUGUGAUUCGGCGCUUUAUCUGCACUUCUCCUGUCAACGUCUGCAUGGUUAUAGAAAAAUUCAACGAGUAUCAGGCCGCCCAGUUCCGCCAGUUGACUGAUUUGUAUCGUCUGAAGUGGCGGGCUGUUUGCCGGAAGAACAGACUGGAAAACUCGAUACACGUGACAAGCCGCACCAAGAUACCAGGUGCUAUGGCGGUCGACAGGUAUAUUAGACAGAUAGCAGGGGGGGCGAGUGCGUCCGCUAACGAGCCUAGGCGUUCAAACCGACCCAGAAAGGGUGGCGCAGCCUUCUACAACGGUGAAACGAAGGUUGUGGAGCCCGGCGAGAUUGGCGAGGCGGUGUCCGAGCUUUCGGACGAGCAGGUGGUUUUCGGCGGCGAGCCGGACUUCGUGCGACGACCGGCGUUUAGGAGGAACGCCAGUGCUGGGUUCUUGAGCCACGCGGAAAGGAGAAAAAAUCAGAAGAAGAAGAUGGCGUUAGAAAGAUUGGAAAGGAUGGAGAAAAAAAUUCCUGAGACAAACAUUGGGUACAUUAUGAUGUCAAAAAUGGGAUGGAAUGGCGGUGGGUUGGGCAAGGAAGGCCAGGGGCUUGUAGACCCCAUAAAACCGACAUACAAGCAAGAUCGGAUUGGUUUGCGAGAGGUGGAGGGUGCGAAGUUGGCGUCGCUGGACGUGCAACAAAAAAUACUCGAUAUCGUGCCGCGAGACGGAUUCGAAUGAGCACAGCAAGUUUUCUUAUAGGAGUCUAUAGAGAGCUAUUGAACUGUGAUAAAAAGAGAAGAGAAACAGUUUAGCUGGAGAGUUUUGAAGGCAUAAGAAUGCGUCGUUGUGUGUUACGCGGAGGAGCGGGUGAUGUUUUGUGAAGAGAGCACGCGUUAUUUG